CCGCGCCGCGCCACCGCAUUCCUUCAUUGCUCAGCGAGUGAAUGCAGUGAUAAGUGUAGCUACCCCUGACAUUCUUCAGCCCCCUUCGACAAACGUCGCAUUUCUACAUAUCUUUGUUCAUUGAAGUAAACUAACAACUAAUGCCAGUGGUAUGCAGGCCAUAGUGACAUCAUGGAUGAUUUAUCGAAGCACAUCAAAGAAUGUGGACUGUCUUCAAGGUGGAUCGAGAUUUUUCAAGAGCUUGGAAUUGACACACUUGAGGAUCUACGGAAAAGUCUUCACACAUCAAGUAUCAAGGAGGAGUUGAGGCGUCAGGCAAAGCAGGAUGAGGAAGAAGCGCUGAGGAUACUAUUUGAAUGUUGUGUAUUGUAUGACGACACUCCAUGUGACGUUAGACAAGAUCAGUCAUGUCUGGAAGUUUCACAGUGUGGUGACGGUGCUGAACGUGAAUCAGGAGCAGUGGAUUUACAACAGCAGAAUCCUAAUGAGGUAGAACUCUUAGAAAAGCUAGGUUUAACUUCUUUUUUCCCAGAUAAAAUUACAUUAGAUGUAGUGAACAAGAAGUCAUCACAGAAGUUAGAAUAUGUAAAGGAUAUACCUUGGUAUGUGCUUUCCAAACUCUUAAUGCUAGAUUACAGGGCAAGAGAUGCCAUCAUUACACCAAACAUUAAGAGAGAGCUUGCUACCGCAUGUAAACAGCCAGGUAUGCCAGCAAGAGAUGACAUUGAGGACUUUCUUACAGAGUUGACUGGGGAACAUUCAGGAGAUGUUGCUUUUGCUCCCCACCCAACAGAUGUAAUUAUGGCAAUCAUCAUGUGCUCAUCUUACUUUGUAAAACAGAUCAUCUGUGAAAAACUGUUCUUGUGCAAGUUAGCCAUCCCGUUAGUCCUACCUUUUCCAAAACAACCCUCAAUGUUACUUUUGUGGCCCCUGAGAACUAUCCACAUAGAGAAUUAUUCUGAUCGUAGAAGCUGCCCGUCAGUAUCGGCAUUAAAGCAGCCUAUUCCAGUGAUAUCAUGUUUGAGACUGGGGGAAAUUUCACAAUCAAAAUCUAAAAUCUUGAAUGAAGUUUUGAAUGACCAAAGUCAUCCCACUUUCUUUCACAAAGAUUGUGAAAACGGAAUGAAUAAGCGCUCAUUUUCAGAAGGGUCUGUAGAAGUUGCUUGGCAGCUUCAUGUGCCAAGAAGUGAUAGGUCAGAAAAGGUCAACAAGACUACCAAGGUCAUUUUGAAUCUUCGGGGGAAUGGAGAAGCAUAUGAAGCGACCACCCACUUUCUUUUCAAAGUGUCCAAUGUUGCUAUUGUGAUGAUAGAUAUCCAACACUGUAAAAGCGACUACAUUUCUGAAUUUUUAGAGAGAGUUUCACAGUAUGAUUCAAGUUGUAUCCUAGUUGUAACCAAGCAGCCAAAUGCACUCCUUGGCACAAAGGAGAAAGUGGAAAUUAGAAUGUUUUUAGAGACAUUGCAGAAGAUGGAGUUUCCCAGGGAAAGAAUAAUAUUUGACUUUGAAGGAGCAAAGGCAAAGAAUGUCAGGGUUUUUAAAGAAGAAAUAGAACGGAAAUUAGAUCAGUGUUUAGAAGGAGUGAACCCUAGAUAUUUUGAACACGUGUUUGAGGAAGCAGCAGAAGCCUUUGGAAUUACUGUGGAUGAAAAGGCCGUGAAGUGCAGGAAAGUGAAAGGCAGAGCACAUUGUCUUCAGAAAUGUAUUGAAGAACAAAAUAACGUCUGCCUAAAAACUCACCAUCUACGGAUGCAGUGCAAACCUUGGAUAAAAUGGGCAAAACUGAAUAAGGAAGAGCACAGACAGGAGCAUAAAGGUAAUAGUACAAUAGAUGCAUAUGUUGACAAGAUUUACAGAGAAAAACUGAAGGAAAGAGUUGAACAGCUUCGGUUCUUACAAAGCCAAACCAAGGUGUUUGGUAUGUUUAUGAAAGAUUUGGUCAGUUUUUCCAAAAUUCAAAGGGUAUACUAUCUGAAGUGGCUGAAAAUCUAUCUUGAUGACUUGUCUAGACAAAUACUGCCAGAGCAGCAAAUGAAAUUUAAUCAGUUGUGGAAUGAAAUUAGCCUAAUGGAUGACAAGGCUCUGGGAGAAGGACCCCAACCUAAGGACAUGAAGCAAAAGAGGGAUGAUCUUCAGAAGCGACUAAAAUCUCUAGAACAAGAACUGUCGGAUUCUUCUUUUGGCUUGGAACAUUUUAUGAGGGAGGCAGCACAAGCCUACGAAGCUUUUUCAGCCACACGAACCAAGAAUCAUAAGAUUGCUCAUAUAAAAGAUUUACCCAAAAUAAUGGCUGAACUUAUGAUGCAAGGCUUUCCUUUGGAACUCAUGAAUGAGAUGCAGCUCACGUACCACCUUGUUUGGGUAGAAGCUGUGUUACAACAGCUGAAACAGAUAAUUGGUGACAAGAAGAUUUUUGUUUUGUCCAUCUUGGGAAUCCAAAGCUCUGGAAAGUCGACAUUGCUUAAUGCAAUGUUUGGCUUGCAGUUUGCCGUUGCUGCCGGAAGGUGCACACGUGGGGUCUAUGCGCAACUUUUGCCGCUGCCUGAGGAGUUUUCAUGCAAUAAGUACGAGUACCUUCUGGUUGUAGAUACUGAGGGACUGAGGGCUUCAGAGUUAGGUCAUGAAAAGGUCCAACAUGAUAAUGAAAUCGCAACCUUUGUAAUUGGGAUAGGAGAUAUGACACUAGUCAACAUCAAAGGUGAAAAUGUAACGGAGAUUGAGGAUGUACUACAGAUCGUUAUCCAUGCAUUGCUGAAAAUGAAACUGGUUAACAAAAGACUAGCAUUACAGCCAUCAUGUUUUUUCAUUCAUCAGAAUGUACCAGCUCCAGAUGCUGCUGAGAAACUAAAGCUAGGCCAACUCAAGUUUAUGGAAACCUUGAACCAGGUGACAGCAGCGGCGGGAAAACAAGAGGAUGCCCCAGAAAUUACUCGAUUCAGGCAACUCAUAGAAUUUGAUUACAACACAAACAUUUUAUACUUUCCCGACUUGUGGAAAGGUAACCCUCCUGUGGCAGCAGUAAAUCCUGGUUACAGUGAAAGCAUUAGUAAAGUCAAGGAAGUAUUGCUUAAAGAUGUAAUGCGAAGAAGAACGUUUCAAGUUGGUAUUCAGGAAUUUCUCAUGAAACUGAAAGACCUGUGGAAUGGUAUAUUGGAUCAAAACUUUGUAUUCAAUUUCAGAAACAGUCUUGAAAUUGAGGCUUAUAGCAUGCUUGAGAAUGUACAGUCAGAAUUACAGUGGUCUCUGAAAAAUGCAGCAAUGAAGUGGUUAAAUGCUAAAAGAAAUGUAAUCGAAAACAGUGAUAGUAUAGCCGAUUCCAUGGAGGCCUCACUUACUGGUGAACUCCGGAGUCAUCUUGGAAAGGAAUUAGCUGAAGUGAAAAAGAAGUUAGAGAAACAUUUUGAAAGCAGAUUUGCUGCAGUUUUAGAACAAUGGAAAGCAAAAUCAUUUAUCAGGCUUCAGGAAAGCUAUAAUGACAUAGAAAGAAGAACGAUCAAGUCCUUGAAAGAUGAACUGAGAAGGAAAGUAGUCCAAGUAGACUCUCUGAAAGAUGUUAAGAAAUACAAGUCUCUCAUAAUGAAUGAAGCAAAGAAUUGGGCAAAUGAAAUAAAGCAGGAUAAACUAGACGAAAUCCUAAAUGACCAAGAUAUGAAAGUUCACUUUAGAUAUAAGUGGGACGAAUGGAUGAAGAAAGUGGACUGUGGGAAUGAUGACAAUGAAGAAAAUAUUGAAAGUAAAAUAACGAAGAUUUUGCAUGAAACAUUCCCAGAAGAUCACGUACUUGUGAGAGAAUCAUUAUCAAGUGCACAGUCGAUGUCAGUGAACUUAUUGCAGCAAAAGCUUUAUGACUUUGUUGACCAGUAUGUUGCCAACAACUGGAUACAUAGUGGCUGGAUGUCAAAACUAGUAACUGGGAUGUUACCAAAGGCAGUCGUUGGAGAUUCUCCAAAGAAUAAAGCAAAAAUGAUUAUUAAUAAAAAAGUCAGUGAUAUGCAUUCUUUGGUGCGAAAUGCAAGUAGGCCCAUUGAACGUGACGACAUUAAAGUUAUUUUAGAAGGAACUAAGGCUAUAGUAAAUGAAAUAUUGAAAUCUGGAAUAGGUAUCGAACUGGUAGAUCAGUUUACAGUAUGCAUGGCAUUUUGUUUUUACAAAUAUGUUUGUGAGGAGUGUAACCAGUCGUAUAAGGUCAGUAUAAUCAAUGGAAAUGUAGUGGAUGAGCACAAUUAUCCAAAUGAAAUGUUUAAAGAGGUACUUUCCCGGUAUUUUCCUGAAUGUAGUCCUCUAAUUGAGGCAGUCCUCCAGCAGGUUUCUGUGAAACCAAGUGUUCUUGCUGUCACAGAGCAAGAUAUCAAGGUACACAGGCGAGGAGUAUGCAUUGUUCAUGCUCUUGUUGAGGCUGUACGGACGCUUCAAAGAUUAAAUCAGAAAUUAGAGACAUAUGUCAAUAAAACUGAAAAUCUGAGUUUUAAAGAGGAGUAUGUGGAGGAAAUUGUAAAGAUGGUAAAAGAACAUGCAUAUAUACAUGAUGAUGUAAGGUUCACUAAACUAUUUAUUGUUAAGUUAGCAGUCCAAGCGUGUUACUACGCACUUCCAGUGUUUUGUGAAAAACACAAGAAAUAUAAGGACUCCCUUAAUCCAGCAAUGUAUCUGGAAAGGGAGUACUAUGACACUUUUUAUGAAAUUUUUCGAAGUUCUGUCCGUAAAAUAUCUGACGAGAAAGCACUGGCCCAGAUUGUAACUGAACGCCUGUGUAAAGCAGUGCAGUCUGCAGUAGACAGAGAUAUUCAGAGAGAAUUGGCUGAUGAUGUGAGAAUCAAUGUAUCACAAGUUAAACUGAAGUCAACACUACUCAGGGCAGUAUUGCACAAGCUGCUGGAUGAGGACAAUUUUGAAGAGUUUAUGCUGUAUCUUGAAAACUUGGAUGCCUGCCUUCGGAAGUGGAUUGCUCAUUUUCUUGACGAGUACCUAUUUAUGGAGGGAGAGAAUAGGUGCAGGUAUGUGCAGAUUGUUAUGAAGGAAGCGAAGAUUCUGUUAUCCAAAAUCUCUGAAAAUGCCUUACAGACUUCUGUGGAGGUACCAGAUGAGCAGGUGACACAAGGUGAUAUUAACCAAUGGGUUUGGGAGUUCCACAAAAAGGUGUCAGACAAAGUACCAAUUCCACUUGAUGAUAUUUUAAGUCUCGUUGAUGGAUAUGAAGUCCUUUCAAUUGAAUCAUUCAAGAAAGCCUUAAGUGAAUAUUUAAAGAACUCUGAUAAGAAAUUCCAGAGGGUCUAUGUAAACCAUUCACGUGACCACCUGAAAAAUGUGGACCCACCCACCAUCUAUGAUAUCAUCUUCGAGGAAUGUGUAGGGUGCACUGAAAGAUGUCCCUUCUGUCACGCACCUUGCACUCUGAACAAUGCAGACCAUAUCCAGCAGGAAAUAAAACACAACGCAAAGGAACAUUAUUCACAGGCAUGUGGGAAAUACAGGUGGGUGAGCAACAACAAGUUGGUUACAGAAAACUGUACUGCAACUGUUGCUGGUAACGCACAGUUUCAGUGCAACGAAACAAACUACAGGUGGCAUCCCUAUAAAAGUUAUCAUGAGAUAUUCCCAGACUGGAAGAUUCACGGAGAUAUAUCCGUUGAGGCAACACCUUACUGGAAGUGGUUUUUAGUCAAGUACGAGAGGCAGUUAGCUGAAAGGUACAGGGCUGAAAGACCUGAUAUUCCAGAGUCGUGGAAACAAAUUACCAAAGACAUGGCACGAGAAUCGCUUCGCAAUUAGACAAUGUCGAUGGCGUGAAUUAAAUAUUCCUUUAUUUUAUAUUUGUAAGAGAAGAGUGAUUGUGAACUACAUUACAAUUUGUAAUCUGACUAUAGUCUUUGAGAUGAGAAGUUCAAUAGCAUGAACCAAGAUUUAUGUGGAGUCCAAAGUAGAAUCAUCAAAUUUUGUUGUCUACUGUACACAUAUUUGCAAAUCAAUGUAUGUUUGGUAAGUCUCCAGUGAUAUUGCUAUAAUUUAGAACAUUACCCUGAUUAUGUUGUACAGAUAUUUGCCAUUUUUUUACUACACCAAAAAGUAUUUUUCGAUGAUGUUAGCUAUAAUUUAGAACAUUGUUGAUAGUACAGAUAUUUGCAAAACAAUCCUUUUGGUUUCUACGGGAAAGUAAAUAUUCAGUAAUAUUAGCUGUAAUUUAGAACAUUGCUCUGGUUAUAUUGCACAAAUAUUUGCAAAACAACUUAUAUUAUGUAGAAAAUAUAAAUUUUCAGUGAUAUUAGCAGUAGUUUAAAACAUUGCUUUUUGUACUGGUAUUUGCAUAAACAAUGCUUAUGGUCUACACUUGAAAGUAAUUUAGAAAACUGUUUUACUUAUGGUGUGCAGAUAUGAAAGUGAUUUAGAAAACUGUUUUAUAUAUGUUGUACAGAUAUUUUUAAAAGAAUAAUUUUUUCUUAUUUACACUAGAAAGUAAUCUUUCAGUAUAUUGGCUAUAUAUUUGCAAAACUGUCUUUGUUCUUCACUGUACAGAAAUUUUUCAGUAAUGCUAGCUGGAAUUUAAAUUAUUGCUCCGCUUAUAUUGUACAAAUGAUUGCAAAACAAUUUUUACAGAUAUUUGCAAAAGUUUAUUUUUAUGGAAAAAUUAUUUUCUCGGUAAUAUUAGUUGUAAUUUAAAAUGUUGCUCUGAUAUUCUACAGAGAGGGAAGAGUUGUCAGCAUAUUAAAAAACAUGUUCAAGCUGUUUAUCUUAUUCAUCAAUAAAGAGUGAAAGCAC